CUGUCUGCCAGAGUUUUCCAUAGUUCAUAGGAAACAUCUCGAACAAAACAUUGAUUCCCCGCCGAUAGCAUUUUUUCCAAUCUUUUUUUUUUUCUUUUUCUUUCUUUCUUUAAUCAUUGAAUAAAAAUAAAGAUACCACCAAUAUGACUGACGAAACAAAGAAAUACGAUGACAUGACACCAGAAGAACGAGAGGUUCAAGACAAGUUGGAAAAGGCAAAAGAAGAUGCUGAACAGGCUACUCUUCCUUAUACUUGGAAACAAACUUUACAAGAUGUGAACGUUACCGUCCCAGUGCCAAAAGGAACGAGAGGCCGCGAUCUUGAUAUUGUAUUGAAGAAGAAAUACAUCAAGGUCGCAUUGAAGGGUCAACCAGCUAUUCUAGAGGGUGAACUAUGUAAGGAAAUCAAGGUGGAUGACAGUACAUGGUCAUUGGAAGAUCAAAAACAAGUAGAAAUCCAUUUGGAAAAAAGCAAUCAAAUGACUUGGUGGGAAAAUGUCGAGACCUCUGCUCCAAAAAUUAAUACAAAGAAGAUCCAACCUGAAAAUUCGAAAUUGGAAGAUUUGGAUGGAGAAACGCGUGCUAUGGUGGAAAAAAUGAUGUUCGAUCAACGUCAAAAAGCAAUGAAUAAGCCUGAUAGCGAUACUUUACGAAAACAAGAAAUGCUAGAAAAAUUCAAGAAACAACACCCUGAAAUGGAUUUUAGCAAGGUGAAGAUGGAUCAAUGAAUAAGUCGGUAAUAGUAUAGUGGAUCUAGUCAAACUAGUUUUAGUUCUAUUUAGUGAUUGUAAUAAAGAAAGAAACUUGCAUUUAUUUAUUA